AUGGAUUUCCUUCAUAGGAGCAGAGUACUGAUCAUUCAACAUCUACAGAAAGACUAUAGGGCCUACUACAAUUUUCUAAAUUUUAUGUCCAAUGUUGGAGACCUCCGGAAUAUCUUUUCUAUUUACUUUCCACUUUGGUUUCAACUGAAUCAGACUGUUGGGACCAAGAUGAUAUGGGUAGCAGUCAUAGGAGACUGGUUCAACCUUAUAUUCAAAUGGAUAUUAUUUGGGCAUCGUCCUUACUGGUGGAUCCAAGAAACUCAGAUUUACCCAAAUCACUCAAGCCCAUGUCUUGAACAGUUUCCUACUACAUGUGAAACAGGCCCAGGAAGUCCAUCUGGUCAUGCAAUGGGCUCAUCAUGUGUCUGGUAUGUCAUGGUAACCGCUGCCCUCAGCUACACUGUCAGCAGGCUGGAUAAGUCCUCUGUCACUCUGCACAGACUGACCUGGUCCUGCCUUUGGAGUGUUUUCUGGUUGAUUCAAGUCAGUGUCUGCAUCUCCAGAGUAUUCAUAGCAACACAUUUCCCCCAUCAGGUUAUCCUCGGAAUCAUUGGUGGGAUGCUAGUAGCAGAGGCCUUUGAACAUACUCCAGGAAUCCACAUGGCCAACUUGAAUGUGUACCUGAAGACCAACAUCUUCCUCUUCCUAUUUGCACUUGGCUUUUACCUGCUUCUCAGGCUGCUUGACAUUGACCUGCUGUGGUCUGUGCCCAUAGCCAAAAAGUGGUGUGCCAACCCAGACUGGAUCCACAUUGACAGCACGCCUUUUGCUGGACUUGUGAGAAACCUUGGAGUCCUCUUUGGCUUGGGUUUUGCCAUCAACUCAGAAAUGUUCCUUAAGAGCUGCCAGGGAGAAAAUGGCGACAAGCUGAGCUUCCAGUUGCUCUGUGCCAUCACCUCACUGGCCACAUUGCAACUCUAUCACUUCAUCAAGAUCCCGACUCACAGGGAACCUUUAUUUUACCUCUUGUCUUUUUGUAAAAGUGCAUCCAUCCCGCUGACUGUGGUGGCUCUGAUUCCUUACUGUGUCCAUAUGUUUAUGAGAGCCAGUGAGAAAAAGACUAAAUAG